AUCGUAACCAAUGAGGGUCUGCCGAGGUGCGAUUAUUGCUAGUUGAAAACUUUUACCAAUACCCCGCCAUGACGAUGUGAAAUACCAUCGGCUACGGCAAUUUUUGUAAGUUUCUACGGAAACUGAUAAAAGAACCAAAACAUAAAUGAAUAGAGUUUUACAGACUGCAAAUUUUACUUUCAUUCUCAACAAGAGAACUGUUUUGUAAAAUUAAUGGUUGCUGGUAAAAGAGAAGCUAGCCAAGAAGCUGAAGCUCAACAAUGGAUUGAAGCGAUUGUAGGAGAAAGAUUUCCACCAGAAGUCAGCUACGAGGAUGCUUUAAGAGACGGCGUAUUAUUAUGCAAGCUUAUGAACAAAUUGCAGCCUGGUCUCAUCACGAAGAUCAACACAUCCGGUGGAGAUUACAAAAUGAUGGACAAUCUUAAUCAAUUUCAGAAAGCCUGCACGAAAUAUGGCGUUCCUGACGUGGAUCUCUUCCAAGCAGUCGAUCUUAUGGAACGGAAGAAUAUCGCUCAAGUUACAAAUACUAUCUUCGCUAUCGGACGCACUAGUUAUAAGCAUCCCGAAUGGCGUGGACCUUGGCUAGGACCGAAGCCAGCGGAAGAGAACAAACGGUCGUUUACGGAAGAACAAUUAAGAGCCGGCGAGACGCUUAUUGGUUUACAGGCAGGUACCAAUAAAGGUGCAACUCAAGCUGGUCAAAACUUCGGUGCUACGAGAAAAAUUCUUCUUGGAAAAUAACUUGUCGUUUUUAAUGUCUGUCAAUUUUCAACGUAUGAUCAAUGAAAAAAGUAGCGAUAUUAAGAUAGUUUCUAUUUAAAUGCAAGUCAAAGAAUAUGUUAUGAUUAAAAAUAAAUGUAUUUCAUAACCUUAAAAUUGUCUAAGUCGAAAAUUUUGUACUACCGACAAAAUGGCGACUAGCCGAGCAUUGAUAUGACUCCACAGUAUAUGAAGAAGCGAUAUAUAGAAAAGAUAAAGAUACAGACAUGAGGGUUUGCGCGUAGAAUGUUACAAACACGAUAUCGGAGACAUGCAGCAGUACAUGUGAGAAUCGUCGUGUUGAAUGCUAGCUCGUAUACAGCAUAUAACUACGUAGAAUACAGGUAAGCUACGUUCAUAAAUACAUCGAAGUGGCAUGUCGGUGACGCUAACGCGAGUGGGCGUAACGUGUACGUACACGCAUUACACGCAUUCUCUCGAGCAGUUUCUACACCGUGAGACUCCCCGAAGAACAGGCGAGUAUCCGGAGAUAGUGUAAGCUCUCGAGAUUACAAUUCACGAGCCUUAUUCCACGUUUAAAUGUGUCGAAAGUCCAAAACUGUGUUACUCGUACUUUCAUAAAAAACAAAAAAAAAAGAAAAAAAUAAACACAUACAUAAGCGCAUCAAAAUAUUUUUGAGAAAAUAUAAGAAAAUAAUCAAACAUUCUUCUAUUUUAGGUUACUAAUAUUUACUUAAUCUCUGUAUAAAUGAAAAAUAUUCUUAGAUUUAAUUAUAUCUAAUCUAAUUAGUAGUUUUUUUUUUCCUUUUUUUUUUAUUUUCUAUGCUAAUCGACGAAUGAAAAUUUUCUUACAACUUCGACGUGGUCAAUAAAAUUUUUGAAGAUACUUUCGAUAUUUUUUAUAUUCACAAAUAGAGAUUAAAACGUUGAAUAAUGAAAUUGAAGAAAAGGAUGAUAUUAGAGAGAAUAUGGAAUACGAUCGAACGUGGGGCAGGCCAGUUCUCGGGGACCCCCUGGUAAAGGAUAACAGAAGAUGUAGGAAGAAAUUGUCUCAUAUUGAAACCGCAAACGUAACUCUUUUGCUUCUUUGAUUUUAUGUGUUCCUCGUUAAAGGGGAGCGCUGCGGAGUGGCCGCUCCGCGCAUCAAUGCGCCCCACUAUUCUUCGCGCACUCGGAAACCGCGUACGUACGAAAGAGCCGCGCGUUUCUUCAUCCUCGAUCUUUAAACUUGUUCCUUGAAAAUUCGAUCUUUCCAAUGAAUUUAACAAUCUUUUGCAAUGUUCUCACUUUUUUUACUUCAUUUUCUCCAAACAAAAAUUUCUAACUCAAUUUGCACUACUUGGAAGAUGACUUGUACGUUCAACAAAAUUAAUAUUAUUUGAGUGCACUUUGAAUAACAAUGGAAAUAUUCUAAUUAAGAAAUUUCAAAGUGCACUCAAAUCCCUGAGUCAAUUCGCUCGGUAUUGCUUGUGAAAAUAACCUAAAAGCAAUAUCAAUUGUUUGUGUCUCAUUAUCUGUAAUAAAUUGUUACAUCUAAAAAAACACAAGAAUAAUAAAAAUUUUCCAUGUAAUGCAUAGUAAUAUAUUUCUUUACAAAAUAAAAAAACAUGAUGUUAGAUCAUAUAUUUGAUAUUUUACUGCUCGCUGAUUCAUUGCAUUAAUAUAAUCUUAAUUAUAAUAUAAAAAUAAUAAUACAUAAAAUUUAAUUAUUAUGAUUUAUUUGAAUUUUAAUGUGCGUAGAUCGUUGUAUAUGAAAAUUGUAUUAACAAAAGAAGAAUGUAUGCUAGAAGAAUAACAAUAAGAAUUAGGUUAACAUACGUACGCUAUUCUGAGAGCAAAGAUCAAGGUCAAGGUCUUACGUUGAAAUGAUUAACCGAGCGUCAGCUCGAUAUCAAAUGCCCGAUCUUGUUUUGUUUAUGUCCAUGGAGACGACUUCUGUGUAUAUAGAUUAAUUUCUAAUGGUUUCAAAUGAAACAGAUUUCACUUAUUUAUCAAGCUUUCGAAAUCAAAUGAAGGAUUAUAUUGCAAGAUAAUAAUGACGUAAAAAUAUAAUUUCGUAGAAGUGUAUCAUAGAAAAAGUAUCUUUGUAUUCAUAGAAAUUACACGUUCGUUACAUCUCUCUA